CUCAUUAUUAUACCGUCUCUCCAGCAGAGAUGGCGCAUGCGCCGUGGCCUCUAUCCCCGGCUCUGGCGCUUGGUUCUGACUGUGGCUGUAGCUCUGUCGUCCCACAGGCCGGCGCUACACACGCACACACACACUCAGACUUACACUAUCUCUCUCUCUCUCUCUCACACACACACACACACACUGCGUCCAUUCCACGAACAUGGGGAAGUGAUGGCGGGAGACGCUGCCCGUGAGUGUGUUUGAGUGAAUGUGUGUGUAGUGAGAAGACGCCGUGUGGAAGUUGAGGAGAGUGGAAGGAUUCUGCGCCGCGCAGGAACCGGGAACCUGCGAAUCACAUACACACACUCACACACACAUCCUGCUGCUCACAGUUGCUGUUGUUGAAGAUUGCCUUCCCAAAAAAGAGAGAAGAAGAAGACGAAGAAGAAGAAGAAGAAGAAGCGCGCAGUGAUGGAGAGAAAGCGUCCUGGUAUGCCGUCCGGAGCGAGGAUGCCCCAUCAGGGAGCUCCCAUGGGGCCCCCCGGCCCACCGUUCGGCGGCAGCCCGACGGUGCGGCCCGGCCUGCCCUCCCCGGUGAUGGAGCCCAGCCGUAAGAGGCCUGCCCCCUCCCAGCAGGUCCAGCAGCAGCAGCAGCAACAGCAGCAGCAGCAGCAGCAGCAGUCCGUCCAGAACCGGACCAGAAAGAAGCCAGUCGGAUUCCCGGGAGCCAAUGAGAUGUCGACGAGGCAGAUGGACAUGAGAGAGCCCCAAUCAGAUCCCACGCUCGGAUCAAAUGCUAAGAGAAGGAAAAUGGCAGACAAGAUUCUCCCGCAAAGGCAGAUCCGUGAGCUGGUCCCAGAGUCCCAGGCCUACAUGGACCUGCUGGCCUUCGAGCGCAAGCUGGACCAGACCAUCAUGCGCAAACGCGUGGACAUACAGGAGGCGCUAAAGAGACCGAUGAAGCAGCAAAAGCGUAAACUGAGGCUCUACAUUUCCAACACCUUCAACCCUGCCCGACCCGACGCCGACGACUCCGACGGCAGCAUUGCAUCCUGGGAGUUGAGAGUGGAGGGGAAGCUGCUGGAUGAUCCAGGGAAGCAGAAGAAGAAGUUCUCGUCCUUUUUCAAAAGCCUGGUCAUCGAGUUGGACAAAGACCUGUACGGUCCUGACAACCACCUGGUGGAGUGGCACCGCACACCGACCACACAGGAGACCGACGGCUUCCAAGUGAAAAGGCCGGGAGAUGUGAGCGUUCGCUGCACUCUGCUGCUGAUGCUGGACUACCAGGUGAGGGCGACAAAGAGCCACAGCGGUCAAAACAUUCCUCCGCAGUUCAAACUGGACCCACGUCUGGCCCGUCUGCUGGGGAUUCACACCCAGACCCGCUCCUGCAUCAUCCAGGCCCUGUGGCAGUACGUGAAGACCAACAAGCUGCAGGACUCCCACGACAAGGAGUACAUCAACUGUGACAAGUACUUCCAACAGAUCUUUGAUUGUCCUCGCCUGAAGUUCUCUGAGAUCCCUCAGCGUCUCACCAACCUCCUCCUGCCCCCCGACCCCAUCGUCAUCAACCAUGUUAUCAGCGUUGACCCCAACGACCAGAAGAAAACGGCCUGCUACGACAUCGAUGUGGAGGUUGAAGAUCCACUGAAGAGCCAGAUGAGCAGCUUCCUCCUCUCCACUGCCAACCAGCAAGAAAUCGCCUCAUUGGACAACAAGAUCCACGAGACCAUUGAGUCCAUCAACCAGCUGAAGAUCCAGAGGGACUUCAUGCUCAGCUUCUCCAGGGACCCCAAGGGCUACAUCCAGGACUGGCUCAAAUCCCAGAGCAGAGACUUGAAGCUGAUGACAGACGUGGUGGGGAACCCUGAGGAGGAGCGCCGGGCGGCGUUUUACCACGAGCCCUGGUCCCAGGAAGCCGUCAGCCGCUACUUCUACUGCAAGAUCCAGCAGAGGAGACAGGAGCUGGAACAGGCCUUAGCCGUCCGCAACACCUAGACUGAGCCUCUGCCUCUGACUGCAGACGCCGUGUGUUUUUGAUCUGUGUGUGUGUGCGUGUGUAAGGAUGUAUGUGUGGUCGUCACUUUUGAAAAAAAAAAAACCAACAGUUUGAGGUAUAACUACUGUUAUAGAAGAACGAGGAGGAAACGUUCAGCCAUGCUGCUGCGACAGACGGAGAAUCCUGUCGGUCGAAAAAAAACAUCCUCAGAUUCACUGCCUGAUAAUCAAACGCCUCGUCAUCGCUCGCUCUCUCUCUCUCUUGCCGCUCUCUGUAAAUAAGUCGAGACAAACCCUCCGCUCGACUCGGCAGCGGCGUCCACACUCGCCGUCUUCAUCUUCGUGAUUAUUUUCCAGACGAAGUUUGAGUCAAAAGUCUGUGACUGUGGAGGUUUUUAUUUUUUUCCUGAUUAGAAGAGUGUUCUGGAAACACUGACUUUUCACCAGCAACGUCACAGGUCACAGGUCACAGCGUGGACACAUGUGGUCGAUGCUGUGACCCACCCUGACCAGUGAGAGGUUUCAUCCGUUCUUAGAUCAGUGUCACGUCCACCAGUGUGUUUGUGUGUCUGUGCUGCAGCAGUAUUAGUUACAUGUUAGUAUUACCACGUUCUCAGACACCGGCCUGUGUCUGUAGAAGGUUCCACGAAGGAAGGAAGGAACAAGAACUGAUCAUUAACUUAUAGUCUUUCUGUUUCUUUAGUCCUAGGAUUUGUCGACACGUUCACUGCCUCUUCCUCGUGUCAUAGUUUCAGUUUAGCUGUUGACGUACUGAAGGAUUUACCAAAGGUUACUACAAGGACAAGUCCAGAACAUGAGCCUUGAGACGGAAAUGGACAAAAAAAAAAGACAAACUGAUUUUUAAAAAAAGUUACAAGUUAACCGGUGACCAGAAAAAGUUCCCUCUUUAAUUAAAUAUCUGUGUCGCUGAUUGGCCCUGGGCGCCCCCUUUGGAACGGUAUUGUAAUUGUAUAUUCUGAGGAGUUAGAGUAUAUCCUCGCCCUUUCCAACAGAUGGCACUAAAGCAACCACCUAUGUGGCCUAUGCCAAGAGCUUGUUCUGCCAAUAGAAAACCAUUGACAUCAGGCAGCGGUGUUAGCGCUGAUGCUAACAACAGAACCUACCCUUCCUGCAGUAACUGCCCUGGAAGUGGCAGUUAAAAAGUGCCCUGUUAGGGUAAUACUUGCCUUUUGUUACAGGCAAAAAAAACCUGAAGUUACUUGUUACGUGUUUUUUAAAUCAACUCUAACAUACACAGUGGGCUUUCAGCCAUUUUUUUCUCCCAAAAAGUUGACCUUUACCAGAGAUGGCCGACCGAAGUGGCCCAGGUUUGUCAUAGUUGUGGCCCACAUCUGUAGACUACAUGUAGGGUCAGUUGUCCAAGUGUCCAAUUUUGAAAAGAUUAAAAAAUGGACUAGGAAUUAAAAAAA